AUGCCUCCUACCCCUUACUCUGGGUACCAACCUGCUCCAAGUCCAAUGGUCUAUGGCCAUGGCAAUCCAAAUACGCAAUUCGCGAUGUUUGAUGACCCAAGUAGCAAGAAGGUCAAUGAAGAUAGUCUCCCUCCCAUGCCCAGUUGGGACACUGCCACCCAGAGAAGAGUUGAGGACACCAGUGAACCUCCACACCAGAUGGCAAACGGUGACUUGGAAAUGGGAAGACUUGACACACAACCGCAAAGGAUGAGAGGCGGCUAUAACAGUGUGCCUCACGGUCCAAUGUCUCCCGUCUCACCCAAUCCCCCGAAUGACUACUUCGCCAACAAUGACAUGUCGCAUUCCUAUGAUUCCGACCUUGGUGCUCAAAGAAUGAGCCCAAAUAAUCAAGGUUAUGACAACUUUCAAGCCGUUCCACUCAGUCCACCACCCACAUAUCGUUCCAAUUCGAACAUUCAACCUGUCGCUUCUGACAAAUUCGUGGCCGGUACUGCCAGCCCAAGCCCGGAGGAAUAUAAUCAUCAACAACAUCAGUCCUUCCAACAUCAACAGCCAUCUUCUUAUGCUCCAAGCAGUAUAAGUACCCGCUACGAGCAAUCCGAUUAUGAACCGAACAGAAUCAGCAUGCCCACACCCUAUAACCCACAGCCUCAGCCUCAGCUUCAAUAUCAGGCAAGACCCCCCAGCUUUUUGCAAGUGGGAAGGAAGCCUGUGAGUGGCAGUUUCAGGGAAGUUUAA